AUGAGCCUGUGGGCUGAUUUGCACAUCCUCCUUGGUGAGGAUGUCUUCGUCAUCGCCGUCGUCCUCACCGCUGUGCUCGGGGCUCCUCGGCCGCAGCAACAGCAGGCAACAGCGUCCGUUUAUAUAGUUAAGGGUUAUGUAGUGUGGUCUGAUUUUCUAAGCCUCAUAAUAUCUCCUGUUUUGUUCUCACGACCCAAUCCCCUCGCGCUGCAGCCGAUCAUCCCGUACUCGUACCAGUACGAGACCAACGACGCCGCCACCGGCAACUUCCACAACAAGGCCGAGAUCAAGACGGCCCUCGGCCACGUGUUCGGCUCGUGGUCCGUCCUCAUGCCCGACGGCUACAUCUACACCACUUCCUACAACGUCACCGGAAACAGCGGCUUCCUUCCGGUCAUCGUGAAGACGCUCCCUCAAGCCUCCGGCGCUGUGGCCUCAGCAGCCGGCGCUGGAGGCUCUUCGGCCUAA